AAAUCACAACUUAAUUAUGACUAAGACGGGCACCUUUUUUUUUUCUUUUCUAUUUAAAUACUUGCUUUUUCAACCACCAAUUACUACUACCGAGGAACCUUACUCUGUACAGUUGCUAUAUUAUAUUACAACUACACUACUUCUCCAAUACAUAUACAUAUAAAUAUCCAAACUCCAACUUCAAAAUGUGCAUGAAAGCAACCUGUUCUACCUGCCACAAAACUUCGUGGUGGGGUUGCGGAGCGCAUAUUCCCUCUGUUUUGGAUGCCGUGCCCGAGAGUGAGCGCUGCACGUGUACGCCCAAGGUUGAGCGGGAUGGAAAGGAGUAUCCGCCUAAGGCUGAGAAGGCGUGACUAGCCGGUUGUUCGAUUCUCUGAGAAAGGUGUUUUUGGUGGCGAGGGGAGUAAGUUGGGUUUGAUGAGGUGGUGGUGAUAUUGGGGGGGGCGGGGAUUACUGGAGUCUACUGUGUGGGUUUUUGUUCAUUUCUGAGAAUAAAACAUAUUCUUUUUUUUUAUUUUCU